AUGUCUCUACUCACCAAUUAUGAGGGGCUUCGGCACCAGAUCGAGAGGCUGGUGAGGGAGAACCAGGAGCUCAAGAAGCUGGUGCAGCUCAUUCGGGAGAACCACGAGCUCAAGUCGGCCAUCAAGACCCAAGCAGGCGGCCUGGCCAUCAGCGGGUUCAGCUCCGGGCUCAGCGAGGCGGCGACCAGCCCCCCUCAACGCCGGGGAAACUGUGUGUUCCUGCCCCCGUCCCCGGCAGCAGCAAACGAGCCUCUCCUGGAUGAAGUGGGGAUCAUGACUCUGGCACCCCUGGCCGACAUGCUAAACAGCCCGCAGCCCGGCACUACGGCACGCCCAGCCGCCAACCCCCUGACCGGCCCCCUCAGCCCCCUGCUGCCUGGCCCGGGCUCUCUGCCACAGUGUGGCCCGCUCACCAGCCUCCUGACCGGCCCCAUGGCGGUGUCCCCGGGGGGCACGCUGACCAGCUCCCUGGGCCUGCCCUCAACUGGCCCCCUGACUCCGAGCAGCCACCUGACCGGCCCCAUGGCGGUGUCCCCGGGGGGCACGCUGACCAGCUCCCUGGGCCUGCCCUCAACUGGCCCCCUGACUCCGAGCAGUGCCCUGAUGGCCCCAAUGACAGGCGCCGUGGCCGUCUCUCUGAGCAGCCCCCUCCUCACCUCCGCAGCCGCCCCUCUAGGUGUCUCUCAGAACCUUCUGGCCAACCCCAUGGGCAAUCUGGUGCUGUCAGAUCCGCUCCGGGGGUACCCUUCCGGACCCCAUCCCUCGGCUGGAGCAGGGCCUGUCGCCACCCCGAAAGCCCCAAUCUCCACUGAGCAUCCCCAGCCGACCCAGGACCUGGAGCCCUUCAGCAUGACGUUUGUGGGUUCACCCAUCCAGGCCUCCACCCCUAUCGGGACCAGGGGCACGCCUGACCCCAUGACCACCUUCUCCUACAGCGGCUCAGAUGCCCAGGCCCAGCCCAGUGCCCCUCAGGGACAAGCGGUUCCUGCGUCUGUCCCCACGACCCCAACCACCUCUCCGACUGCCACAGUCCUCGUCCCUAUCCCUACUGCCGCCCCCCAACCUACCACCAACUACACUCCCUCGAGCACCACCCACACUGUCCAGUGCCCCCCUCAGUCUCCCCCCCGGGCACACCACCCUCCCACCCAGCCCUUGCCCACACCCCGCUCCCCUCCACGAAAUCCCCACUCCCCGCCCCGAACCUCGUCCUCCCCGGCUACAGUCAGCGACGCCCGGGGUCCACGCGGCAUGGAGACAUCUCGGAAAAGCAUCCUAGAGCUGGAACGGAAGAUGGCCCAUCGAAAGGCCAGCAAGUUCCCUGACAGCCCCCGAGAGUCAAAGCAGCUAGCCUGGGAGAGGCUGGUGGGGGAGAUCGCCUUCCAGCUGGACCGCAGAAUCCUGUCCAGCAUCUUCCCGGAGCGUGUGCGGCUCUACGGCUUCACUGUCUCCAACAUUCCAGAGAAGAUCAUCCAGGCCUCCUUGAACCCCAGCGACCACAAGCUGGAUGAGGAGCUGUGCCAGACCCUCACACAGCGGUACGUGAGCAUCAUGAACCGGCUCCAGAGCCUGGGCUACAACGGGCGGGUGCACCCGGCGCUGACGGAGCAGCUGGUGAACGCCUACGGCAUCCUGCGCGAGAGGCCGGAGCUGGCGGCCUCGGAGGGCGGCUCCUACAGCAUGGACUUCCUGCAGCGCGUGCUGGUGGAGACCGUGCACCCCAGCAUGCUCAGCGACGCGCUGCUGCUGCUGUCCUGCCUCAGCCAGCUGGCCCACGACGACGGCAAGCCCAUGUUCAUCUGGUGA